UAUUAUUGAUUGAAAAGAAGAAGAAGCAGCAGCAGCAGCAAAAGAAAGGCGCAGCAAGCAAAAAAAAUAAUAGGUAAACCAGCCAAACGAAAUUCGCCGAACAAACGAGAAAACCCAAACAAAUUGAACUAAGCUAGUAAUAGAAAAAAAUAGUGGAAUCAUGACCAAUUUGGAAAAACAACACGAGAUGGUGAAGCGAAGUCUUGUCCAGUUUGUCAGUGCACAUAUACCAGGUGCCGACUUUAGUGUUGUGGAUGAGAUCGUCCUUUCCUAUAUCAUAUCAAUAUUGGAGGAGGCCUCGCAGGAUCCUUGCUUCGAUGUCGAGGGCUUCGUGGAGAUGAUGGGCGCCUAUUUUGAGGAGUUUUCAACCAUCGAUCAGGGCGUUAUAUGCGAAUGGAUAUACAAGCUGGCCAACGAGCUGACCGAUAUGGAAAAGAAUCAAGACAACCAUAGCUCAAUCAAUUUAUCGCUCCACGCAUUGAGCUUGUCUAACAUUAUACCAGAGUCCAAGCUGCGUGCACGCAACUCGUCCAUAUCGGAGAAGGACGAAUUAUCCUCGAACAAUAGCAGCAGCAGCGGCAACGGCAAUGGCGGCUGCCACGGCAAGCGCUCCCAGCACUUGUCUGAGACCAGUGAUGGAGGCUCCACUGAUAGCUCCAGCUCGAAUUGCGAUUACUUUUUGGAUGAGGCCGAAGUGCUGCAGGAAAUGUUCCCCGAUACUGCUUACGUCGAGAUAAAACAUUGCAUUGCUAUAUCGAAGGGUGACAUUGAUAGUGCUACACAAAUCCUCUUGCAUCGCCAGGACACCAAUCAGAGCUUGACCGACAAGUCGCACACUGUUGGCAUGAAGAAAAACGUUGUCGUCGAUGAUAAUGAGCUAAAGAAUCGCAUUAUAGCCAGAUACUCGUAUGUGGAUAAGAAUGCCACUCAGCGGGAGUACAAGCCGGUGGUGCCCAAAAUGGAGCCGCGUAAGCUUGUGCGCUAUCGUGAUAAUAAAAUAGUGUCGCUCAAGGGCGAACGCUACACUGAAGUCAAGCGUGACGAAGACGCUGAGUUAAAAAAACCCAAGAAGCAGAUUCUACCGUAACUAAAGAUGAACAAACCCCACAAGUAUUUUAUCAAGAAGCAACUUAACCCACAACCACCUAAUAUUACCGCACCAACGACACCUAAAGUUGAACCAUGCAGCAGCAGCAGCAACAGCAGCGCCUGUCGCUGUGAUCAGAAUGUAUUUGGGCACAACUUAUGCACAGAGCUGCAUAUUCGUGUAACUAGAGUUCAAGCCAGCAUUGGUCCCAGUCCCACACACCCACAACAUAGAUCCCGUCUGACCUUAGCGCCAGUUGUAGCCAUGCUUAGCCAACGUUUAGAUGCUUCCUUGCCAAAAUCUACACUAAAGCAACAACUCACAGCAGACAACACAAGAGGACAACAAAAAGAACAGGAACAGGAAAGAAACCAGGAAACGAGCAGCAGAGCAGCCGCAUUGUGUGACCCGUUCAUAAUAAUCAAGGAAUCCUUCCCAUGUGAGUUAACUGGCAAUUUAUUGUUGUUGCUAUUGUUAGUUUGCUUUGCCGGUUGCUGUAGCCCAUGGAAUUUUUAUCAUAAUCAGAUUGUGGCUAAAGACACAAAGACUUUACAUACCAAAUUAGUUAAUAGUUAUGUUUUAGGUAAAGCUUUUGCAUUUCUUUAUGUUAAACCCAAUCGGGACAUUAUAAUCGAAAACAAUUUAUGAGUCUCGUUGCGGUGACAAGGAGCCGGCUCCAGUUUAGUAGGGGCUGCUGCCUGUCGCACAUGACAACGCUUGCCGUCGCGCCUGCACGUGGUUGGAUAGUAUUUGUUAGUUCCUUUAUGCUCACACAAGAAACUCGCAAUCAAAAAUCAAAUUAAAAGAAAGAUAGAAAA